UGUCGCUGUUUUCUCCGAUUUCGUCCAUCUACAAAGAAAAUGGUGCAUUUGACUGACGUUGAAUUUCCACCGGAUAUCUCUGAGAGAUUGUUAGAGCUUGAAGAGGAAUACAAGGACGGCGAUAUCACCGAGAAGGGCUAUGUAAGGAAAAAAUGCAAGCUUGUAAAAUCACUGUUGGUGAAGACAGUACAAGACAAAAUUCAAAAGGUGGAAGAUGAUUUCAAAGAUGGCAAAUCAACUGAAGAACAGUUAAUUAGCCAGCUGAAAGAACUUCUCUCUGAAGUUGGUCACAAAGUAAGCAAUGGUUGCGGCACAACUCCCUUAUCUCCGUCUUCUGCUCAAGAAAAUCAGGAUGGCUUAAUAUCUGUCGUGAAUGAAGAGCCUAUGGAAUUACAAGGGGAUGUUAAAAUGGAACCUAGCAGCAGUACAAGUGACGAGCAGGAUUAUGAUGUUGGUCCCUCAGGAUCAAGAAGUAGCAUGGAGACUGACAGUCCAGAUGAUAAGCCAAGUAUUGACUCUACUGCUGGGCCAUCAUGCAGUAAUUCACCUGCUGCCCAUGACAAAGGAGAUACCCCAGCAUCUUCUUCAACCAGUGAAGGAGAAUCUCCCUUGCAAAUAAAGAAAGAAUCUCCUGCCACUAAAGAUCAGAAUAAAUCUAAAUUAGGAAAAGAUGGUAAAAGACAACCUGGAAUUAAGGAGAUGUUUUCCAAAGGCUCUGUGAAAAGAAAGAACCCAGAAGAUGGGAAAGAAGAGUCCAGUAAGGGUGGUGGAGAGUCCUCAUUGCAUAGUGGUGAAAAAGACUUGGGCACCAGUAAAGAUAGCAAACGUCAGAAGGUUUCAGAUGAUGAUGAUACUGAUGACAGAGAAAAGGAAUCAGUGGAUACAGAAACCACACGGUAUGAUCUCAGAGAAUCCUCUGAGGGAACAAAAUCUCCAAUGAAAAAAACACAGCCACCUGCCAAAUGUAAAGAGUGUAAACAACUGCUGGACAGUCCUGACUUGAGACUCUUCCUUGGUGACAGUGAUGAUGCAGUGGAAGAAUUUGUUGCUCUGACUGAUCCACGGUUAUCACUUUUCUCUGGGGAGGAGGAACAGUUUGAUAGUUAUAAUGACAGGCCACAACACAAAAUCACAAAUUUCAGCAUCUACGACAAGAACACUCACCUCUGUCCAUUCGACACAGGCUUGAUAGAGAAAAAUAUUGAACUGUUCUUCAGUGGAUACCUCAAACCAAUUUAUGAUGAAAAUCCAAGUCCUGAAGGUGGUGUUCCAACAAAGUCCAUAGGACCAAUCAAUGAAUGGUGGAUUGCAGGAUUUGAUGGAGGAGAGAAUGCUCUCAUUGGUUUCACGACAGCUUUUGCGGAGUACAUAUUGAUGCAGGCAUCGGAAGAGUAUAUGCCAUUUAUGAACCUUAUGAAAGAGAAGACAGCAAUGAGCAAGAUUGUCAUUGAGUUCAUGCAGGGUAACCCGGAGGCAAGAUAUGAGGAUUUGUUAAAUAAAGUCCAGACUUCUGUACCCCCUGAAAACUGUUCCACUUUUACUGAAGAUACACUGCUACGACAUGCACAGUUUCUUGUUGAACAGGUGGAAAGCUAUGACCUAGCAGCUGAUGAUGAUGAGCUUCCUCUGCUAGUGUCGCCAUGUAUGAGAGAUCUCAUCAAACUUGCUGGAGUAACGCUUGGCAAAAGGCGUGCUGCAAGGGGAGUCAAAGUCAGACUGGACAAGAAAAAGAAGGUUGCUUCUCCAUCAAAGGCCACCACCACCCCUCUUGUUCGGCACAUAUUUGACAUUUUCUUCGAGAAUCAAAUUGAUGGAAAAGAAACAAGUGCCCCUCGCAGAAAGCGAUGUGGUGUGUGUGAGGUGUGCCAGCAGCCAGACUGUGGAAAGUGUAAAUCCUGCAGAGAUAUGGUCAAGUUUGGUGGACCAGGGAGAAAGAAGCAGUGCUGUGUAGAAAGAAGGUGUCCUUACAUGGCUGUAAAAGAAGCAGAAGAGGAUGAAGAUGUUACUGAGGAAAAUGCAGAAAUCGAAAAUUUGAGUCCUAACAAAGAGAAAGAAAAGAAAAACAUGGCAACACACAUAACAGCAAAGUCACAGAAAGUGAUUAAGACAAAGGUUAAAUGGUUGGGAGAUCCUGUUAAAGUCAGUGGAAAGAAGAAGUAUUACUCAUCAGUUCUUCUCAAUAACAAAGACGAGAUACAUGUUGGAGAUUUUGUGAAGGUGUGUCCUGACAACCCUGACGUGCCUCUAUUUAUUUCCCGUGUUUGUUACAUGUGGGAAGGGCCAAGUGGCGACAAGAUGUUUCACUGCAGAUGGUUGAGUCGAGGCUCAGACACUAUUUUGGGUGAAACAAGCGACCCAACCGAGUUGUUCCUGGUUGAUGAAUGUGGUGACAAUCCUCUUGGCUCCAUUUUACAGAAAUGCACGGUCACACCUAAGUUGCCUGAUUCUGAUUGGUUCAUGAAGGGAGGACUGGAUGAUCAAGAGACUGACAGUAUGAUGGAGGAAGAAGAUGGAAACACGUUUUUUUACCAAAAGUGGUAUGAUCAUAAGCGUGGUAGAUUUACAGAUCCUCCUUCAGAGUACACAGCUACUGUGGUCAAGACAGAAAAUUUUAAAUACUGUGAGAGCUGUGUACGCAAAACAACACAGGGACAGAUGGAGACAACAUCUGUGGGAGAACCAUUGGAAACAGAUACAAAAUCCUCCAAGACAUAUUACAAAUCCUGCACGAAAAGUGGCAUACAGUACAAAGUGGGAGAUUGUGUUUUCCUGGGGCCAGAAGCAUUUUCAUUCAAUGUUAAACCAAAAGAGACAAAGAAAGGUUUCAAGAAAAGUGAUAAGGUGGAUGAAGAAGUGUAUCCAGAAUAUUACAGAAAGCCGGCAGAGUAUGUGAAGGGAAGCAACUAUGACGUGCCUGAACCAUUCAAAAUAGGUCGCAUUGUUAGCAUCUUCACAAAGUCAAGUUCAGGGAAACUGACGGAAGAACUGGAAGUUAUGCUGACUGUCAGCAAAUUUUAUAGGCCAGAGAAUACGCACAAAGGCUCUAGUUUUGGCCAUCAAGCCAAUUUGAAUUUGCUAUACUGGAGUAAAGAAGAGGCAACCGUCGCCGUUGACGAUGUGGUAGGUGGGUGUGUUGUGACCUGUGGAGAAGAUCUUAACUGCUCGGUUGAAGAAUACACAGCUAGAGGAAUCAACUACUUUUACUUCUUGGAGGCGUACAACAGUGAAACAAAAGAGUUCGAAGAACCUCCGAUGGAGGCGCGGAACGCUGCAAUGAAAGGAAAGGGCAAAGGAAAGGGGAAAGGCAAGGGCAAGGGGAAGGCAUCUCCUGAAACAGAGGGCCAGUGCUUAAAGGAAGAUGGCAGUGAUAAAGCCAGUCAAACACUCACCAAACUGCGAUGUCUGGAUGUUUUUGCAGGAUGUGGUGGUCUCUCGGAGGGUCUUCAUCAGGCUGGCGUGGCUGAGUCCCGGUGGGCCGUUGAGAAAGAGGAGCCCGCAGCAAGUGCGUUCAGUCUUAACAAUCCCGGAUGUACUGUGUUCACUGACGACUGUAACUUGCUGCUAAAACUCGUCAUGGAUGGAGAAAAGAAGAACACUAAAGGACAAACACUGCCCCAGAAGGGAGAGGUGGAGCUGUUGUGUGGUGGCCCCCCUUGUCAAGGAUUCAGUGGAAUGAACAGGUUCAGUUCAAGGGACUACUCACAGUUCAAGAAUUCUCUGGUUGUAUCGUACCUCAGCUACUGUGAUUACUAUCGGCCGAAAUUUUUCAUUCUCGAGAAUGUUCGUAACUUCGUGUCCUUCAAACGAAGCAUGGUACUGAAGUUAACUCUGCGCUGUCUGCUGAAGAUGGGAUAUCAGUGUACGUUUGGUGUACUUCAGGCUGGCUGUUAUGGCGUUCCACAGACCAGGCGAAGGGCCAUUAUAAUGGCGGCUGCUCCUGGUGAGGUGUUACCGCUGUACCCAGAGCCUACGCACUGUUUCUCUCCCCGGGCCAUUCAACUUACAGUCAUGGUGGACGAUACUAAGUUCCAAUCGAAUAUCACUCGGCUGUCGUCGGCUCCAUACCGAACGAUCACCGUACGUGACGCCAUGUCCGAUCUCCCAGAGAUCAGGAACGGCGCAUCAAAUGACGAGAUCUCCUACAAUGGGGAUGCCAUCUCACACUUCCAGCGACAAAUGCGUGGCAGUCAAUACCAACCAGUUCUUCGAGACCACAUUUGCAAAGAGAUGAAUCCUCUUGUUGCAGUACGCAUGCGUUACAUUCCGACUGCUCCCGGCUCUGACUGGAGAGACUUGCCAAAUAGCAUUGUACGUCUAUCAGACGGUACCUAUACCAAGAAACUGACCUACACGCACAAUGACCCGAAAAACGGUCACUCAUCUAACGGUGUCUUACGUGGAGUGUGCUCAUGCGCAGAAGGCAAGCCAUGUGAUCCCGCUGACCGCCAGUUUAACACCCUUGUACCGUGGUGCCUUCCUCAUACGGGAAACAGACACAAUCAUUGGGCGGGGCUGUACGGCCGACUGGAGUGGGACGGGUACUUUAGUACCACCAUAACAAAUCCUGAGCCCAUGGGAAAGCAGGGACGGGUUCUCCAUCCAGAGCAGCAUAGAGUUGUCAGCGUUAGAGAAUGCGCCAGGUCCCAGGGCUUCCCCGACACGUACCGGUUCUACGGAAAUAUUCUCGAUAAACAUCGGCAGGUCGGAAAUGCAGUACCGCCUCCUUUGGCAGCGGCCAUUGGCCGUGAGAUCAGGAAAUCUCUACUGGCUGGAGCCAAAUCUAACCCUAACCCGGAAUAAAACACGCAACACACGCUGGACGUGCUUGUAACUGUCCUAAUCUUUCAAGAAUCACUUUUCUUUGAAGACAACAACCAAAUGCUUACACUUCAACUGAAUUUUUUUUCGCAAGUUUCUGAACUUUGUUAACCCGAAUACAGGCCAACAUCGUGUUUUCGAUGGCAGAUGCUGUUUAUAGUGACGUUAUAAAAGGACCGAAAGGAAACAUCCAAGAUGAAUUAAUUUAUGCUCACUUCCUGAAAGCUUAUAUUUAUAUCCGCUUUUGUAUGUUAGGCUGGUUACAUAAGGUUAAACUUUAUUGACAUUGCUGCGUACACAAUUUUUCAAUAAAAGUCAAUUGUCAUGCAA